UCGGGCCUCGCGCCCCCUUCCCUCCUCCCCUGCCCCCUCCUCCGGUGGGGGGGCGGGGCCGUGCGCCUGCGCGGAGCGGACAGUCUGGGGGGGGCCGCAGCCGCGGGGUGGCGGGCAGUUGCCGUGGGGACCGCGGGCCCCUCCCUCCUCCGGUCCUCUGCCCCUGGCGUUCCCCACCGAGGCGCGGCCGACGCCCCGGCUUCCCUGCCGCCGGCCCGGCGGAGCUGCAGACGGUGCCCCGCGAGAGGCGGAGCCGCUCCCAAGAUGUCGCAGACGGCCAUGUCCGAGACCUACGAUUUUUUGUUUAAAUUCUUGGUUAUUGGGAACGCAGGCACCGGCAAGUCUUGCUUGCUUCAUCAGUUUAUUGAAAAAAAAUUCAAAGAUGACUCAAAUCACACAAUAGGAGUGGAAUUUGGCUCAAAGAUAAUAAAUGUUGGUGGUAAAUAUGUAAAGUUACAGAUAUGGGACACAGCAGGCCAAGAACGAUUCAGGUCUGUGACGAGAAGCUACUACAGGGGUGCGGCAGGGGCGCUGCUCGUCUAUGACAUCACCAGCCGAGAAACCUACAAUGCGCUUACUAAUUGGUUAACAGAUGCCAGAAUGCUCGCGAGUCAGAGCAUCGUCAUCAUUCUCUGUGGGAACAAGAAGGACCUGGACGCCGAUCGGGAGGUCACCUUCCUAGAAGCCUCCCGCUUUGCUCAGGAAAAUGAACUGAUGUUUCUGGAAACGAGCGCACUAACCGGGGAGAACGUGGAAGAGGCCUUUGUACAGUGUGCGAGAAAAAUACUUAACAAAAUUGAAUCAGGUGAGCUGGACCCAGAAAGAAUGGGCUCAGGGAUUCAGUAUGGAGAUGCUGCCUUGAGACAGCUGCGGUCUCCACGCCGCGCACAGGCCCCGAGCGCGCAGGAGUGUGGCUGCUGAAGCAGCGCGGGUACACAGGUGUUCAUACAGUGGUAUUUGGGACACAGUUGUUGGAGCUUGAAGAAGUUUUUUUUUUUUUAACCACCGUCUUUUUCUACUUUAUAUGGAAGUAGAUCUUUGUGCAAAAAAAAUAACUUGGGUUGUUAUGCAAGCUAGUAGAUGUGGCACAGCAAACGUAUAAUAAAUCCAAUUCAGUGGACAAGACCAUUAAAUGUACACAUGUAUGUAAAAAUGUUCUGUUCCGUAUCCGCCCUUUCACCCUGGUUUGAAUCCUGGCUCUGUACUGUAUAUAUGCUAGUCCAGUGCGUCUCCACAGCAUGGUAUCUGACGUAUGGUAUGAUUGAUAGAGCGUUGCACUAAAUGCAGUAUUAACUUUAUUUUUUUUUAAUCGUCUGAACUAAAAUCUGUUCAUUGUGAGGUGUGCUUUGAUCAUUGUGUCGGUUAUAUUGCACAGUUGGUUAUGUUUAUGACCUGAUAUUCAGAGACUCUGGCAUUGAUCGCCGACGCAGUGCUUAGUUCAUUCCAUUUACCACAGUCCACAAGGUGUCAUGUGAGCCACACUCGAAAUACUAGAUCGGUAGUUACUCACAUACCAAAAUAAAAUGAAAAAUGGAGUUUUUCCAUGAACUUUACACUGUCCGGCACCCUGUUGACUCUAAAGCAUCUUCAUCAGAUCAGUUCAGGAAGUAGAGCUGAGCACCUGCUCUGUCUCAGGCGCUGUGAUCAGUGCUGAAGAUGCUGGUGCCUUGAACCAAACUUCCUAGGCAACCGAUCUACUCUCAGCAUCUGCUCAGCGCAACAGAUGAACCACGUACCAGGGGCUGCUCACCUGGUCCCAGUUUGCUGAACCACCUGUCUUCCUGUUAGGAAACACAUCGUUUGCUACUGUGCUUUUUCCGGAAUUCAGUAUUAGAGCAUCACUGCCUCCUUUUUAGUCUUUUAUUGUUUUGUGUUCAUUUUAAGGCAACCCGCUAAAUCAAGUUAAUUUUAAAGGGACACCACUAAGAAGUUUCUGUACAGCUUUUGCCUUAGGACAGUUACCGAGUUAACAUGUUUUUAAUUCACAUGAGUUAUAUUGAAGUCUAAUAUAUAUUGUAUUA